AUGGCCCAAGCUGCUGAAACAGCCGGUUUGUCAGUCGAUUCCAAAACCUCCAGUUCCUCUUUAGACCCCUCCUUGCGCCACUUCGCUGACCCCACGUUCGACCCCGUUGAUUUCCUAAACGAUUCUCUUCCUCCUCUCGCAAGGCAGUCCGAGACCACCCGAGAUUCUCGUGCAGCUUCGGUAGCCGAUCUUUCCUCCCAAACCCAGUCACUUUUGUCCCAAUUAAGCGCGCAAAAUGCUAGACUAUCGAAUACAUUGACGCAACUUACCGAUGAGAUACUGAGGAGUGGAGGACGACUGGCAUAUGAGGUGGAAGUAUUGCGUGGAGACACCAUAGGACUAUCAGAUACGUUGUCUGAAGUGUUACACGAUGAUAUCCAGAAAUUUGCUCCCGAGGGGCUACUUGCACGGCUAAGAAAUGAUGAACUAGAACGAGAGCAUCCCGUGGAGGAAUCGGCGGACCUAGAUUCAAAACCACAGCCUGGGAAAGCAGACACAGAUCCCGAAUACAUCCGUGACUUACGUACGCUAAGUCAGGUCAGGGCAAAACUUGAGGAUGUGAUUCACACUUUUGGAGAAGCAAUGGAGUGGCCAUUGCCUCCUUCAGAAGUAUCACUUGCUUCCUCAUUUAUCUCUGUCCCAGCUCCUGAACCCGGCCCUGAAAGCAACAGCCGUGAAGAAAAGGGCCGUGAAGUGGCAAGGAGACUGAAAAACGAAGUGGUAGAACUUCUUGACAGUAACGGUGGAGGCCAAGCUGGACUGGAAGCUGCUAGUCGACGCGUGGAAUCCUUGCGACAGCUGGCCACCGUGUGGAAAGGCACUAUAGAGGAAAAAGCGCGCCUAAAAUUCGUCGACAGCUUGGCUAAACUUGUGGAAGAAAGACGGAAGCUUCUUGAUAACCAAUCGAAAGCUAGGGAUAGCAAAAGCUCCAGGCAAGGAACUAAAUCGCCGGCUACAUUGAACAGGCAGUCCUCAGAUUACAAUAGAGGAGCCAGCCAAGAGAGCAGCGCUGGAGGUCUAUUUCGAAAUUUACAGCGGUUACGCGACGAGAUAUACCUUGAGUAG